CUGGAUCACUUCCGGUUGCCGGCCCGCGUCUAGCAACUUCGGUUCUGGUGACCUCGGCCCGGGCUGCCCCUCGGCUUGCCCCGGGCUCCUGUCGCGAUCUGGCUCGAGCGGCUCGGGGUGGGAGGCCUGGAAGCGUUAGCCUAGCUGUUCUCGAGGCGGAGUAAUUAGCCCAAGAAACAUUAUAUUCAUAUUUCUGGAUAUGCCACAAAAGGAUCCGUGCCAGAAACAAGCCUGUGAAAUACAGAAAUGUUUACAAGCCAACAAUUACAUGGAAUCAAAGUGUCAGGCUGUCAUUCAAGAACUGCGUAAGUGUUGUGCUCGAUAUCCCAAGGGAAGAUCUCCUGUCUGUUCAGGAUUUGAAAAAGAAGAGGAAGAAAAGCUUGCAUUGAAGUCUGCAUCAAAGUAAAGUUCUGCUGAGAAGUUAAAUGCUUCUUAAUUUCCACCAAGAACACUUCGUUUAUCCUGACUUCUUUCAGGUCAGGUAGCAGCAAAUGGCAAAUGAAAAAAUCAACUACAAGAGUUAAUGAAUAUGCCAUCUAUGCAGAAUAGACAGAAACAGAAAUGUAUUUAAAAGAAAAAUAUGUAGAAUGUAAAAAUUGAGCUGCUAAAAUAAAGCUGUUUAAGUGAA